AUGCCAUGCUCUCAGGCGCCCAGCCUUGGCCCCAAUGUAACCGACGCCCAAAGGGAUUCGGGCAUUCCUGGCCGAGAUCCGUUGUGGAGCUCGGCAACCAACAGCGUUCUCAAGAUUGUGCUGAUAUCUGUGAUCGUUUGCAUUUCCUUGUUUGGGAAUGUGGUAGUGCUGCUGGUUUUCCAGAGGAAGCCGCAGCUCCUGCACGUGGCCAACCGCUUCGUCCUCAACCUCCUGUUGGCUGACCUUCUCCAGACCGUGCUGGUCAUGCCCUUUGCCAUCGCGGCCACUGUGCCGGGAGUUUGGCCACUAGAUGCCAGAUUGUGUCAGGCGUUGGUGGUGCUCAUGCACCUCUUCGCAUUUACCAGCGUCAACACCAUCAUCGUUGUCUCCGUGGACCGCUACCUGGCCAUUAUCCAUCCUCUGUCCUACCCCACCCGGAUGACGCCUCACCUGGGCACCAACCUGAUCAUCUGCACCUGGGUGUUUAGCUUCCUCCAGAGUACGCCGCCCCUGUACGGAUGGGGCACCAUCGAUUUCAACCACUAUCACAAGAUGUGCUCGGUGGUGUGGUCCUACAGCCUGUCCUACUCCGUUGUGGUAGCCACCUUCUCCUUCUGGCUCCCGGUUCUCGUCAUGGUCGGGUGUUAUUGGAUGGUAUUCCGGGCGGCUCGGAGGCAGAAUGCCCUGGUGCACCCCAUACAGACGCGAUCCUACUCCCAGACCCGCCCUCAGGACUUGCAAGGACAGGGUAGCUCGGCGCCCCAGCAGGCGAGUUCACCGGAUGCCCCUCCCUUGGCCAAGGGGUACCCGACACGUGUGAGGCACCGACGCUUCCACUACCACUGCAAGGCCGCACGCGUCGUCUUUGUGAUCAUGGCGUCUUAUAUCCUCAGUAUGGGACCCUACAGCGUACUGAACACCAUAUCUAUGAGCGCCAGAGCAGAUGUGCCCCCCUGGCUGUCCUCUCUGGCCCUGGUACUCUUCUUCUUGCAGUGCUGCCUGCACCCGUACAUCUACGGAUACAUGCACCGUAGCGUGCGGAAGGAAUUCCUCGCUUUGCUCUGCGGGAUGUUCUGCAAGCAGGGACAGAGCUCGGGCACCGAGAACUGCCACACCACGGCCGGGGAGGGCCGCGCCGGGACGCACCCUCACUUGCCCAGCCUGGCCGCCAAGGUCUUUCCACUGCAGACGUGGGAGGAGUGCACCACGUCGUCCUCGCCCACCUUUGAGAGGAGAUCGAGGGAUAGCCACAAGGAAACAACCACGACCAGCCUCAACUCAGAUCGGGAGCCCGUUGCCCAUGACAAACAGAGUACAUAA